UGUUUGCUUGUUUUGUCUAAAAGAAGAAGCAAAACAGCCUAAACUUGCGUGCCAACUCUAUCUUCCUUCAGCCACCGAUCUGUCACUUUCUAUUUUAUCCAAAAACCAAAGGAAAAAACCUCUCCUUUCCAUCACCAUGACCCUUCACUCUAAGUUUCAAGAUGAAACUGACAAAAGUGCCAAGAGUUCGUAUUUCAACUUACCACCCUUGGAUGUUUCGGUUGCAUUCCCUCAAGCAACUCCCGCAUCUACUUUUCCUCCUCCUGCUUCCGACUAUUAUCAAUUUGAUGAUCUAUUGAGUCCUGAGGAGCAGGCUAUCCGUAAGAAAGUAAGAGAGUGUAUGGAAAAAGAAGUAGCUCCUGUGAUGACAGAGUAUUGGGAGAAGGCAGAGUUUCCAUUCCAAAUUGUUCCAAAACUUGCUGCUCUUCGUAUUGCUGGUGGUACUAUCAAGGGUUAUGGAUGCCCUGGUCUUUCCAUCACUGGAAGUGCUAUAUCUACUUCAGAGGUCGCUAGAGUUGAUGCAAGCUGCUCAACUUUUAUCUUGGUGCAUUCAUCUCUAGCCAUGCUUACUAUUGCAUUAUGUGGAUCAGAGGAACAGAAGCAGAAGUACUUACCUUCUUUGGCACAACUCAAAACUAUAGCUUGUUGGGCUUUGACUGAGCCUGACUAUGGAAGUGAUGCUAGUGCUCUGAAGACAACUGCGACAAAGGUCAAGGGAGGUUGGAUACUUGAGGGACAAAAGCGAUGGAUAGGGAACGGUACUUUUGCAGAUGUGUUGGUUAUUUUUGCCAGGAAUACCACAACCAAUCAGAUAAACGGAUAUCUGGUUAAGAAGGAUUCCCCUGGAUUGACAGCUACAAAAAUUGCAAACAAGAUUGGGCUGAGAAUUGUUCAAAAUGGAGAUAUUCUUUUAAAGAAAGUCUUUGUUCCUGAUGAGGACAGGUUACCCGGUGUAAACUCUUUUCAGGAUACAAGCAAGGUACUGGCUGUUUCGCGAGUAAUGGUUGCAUGGCAGCCUAUUGGCAUAUCGAUGGGUGUCUAUGACAUGUGUCAGAGGUAUCUGAAGGAGAGGAAACAGUUCGGAGCACCAUUGGCAGCCUUCCAAAUUAACCAGCAGAAACUUGCUCUCAUGCUAGGUAAUGUUCAAGCAAUGACCCUAGUUGGUUGGCGCCUUUGCAAAUUGUAUGAGGAGGGUAAAAUGACUCCCGGUCAAGCCAGCUUGGGAAAGUCAUGGAUUACCUUGAGGGCAAGAGAAACAGUCUCUCUCGGGCGGGAGUUACUCGGCGGCAACGGAAUCUUGGCUGAUUUUCUUGUUGCAAAGGCAUUCUGUGAUUUGGAGCCCAUUUAUACAUAUGAAGGCACUUAUGACAUCAACAGCUUGGUCACUGGUAGGGAAAUUACUGGUUUUGCCAGUUUUAAGCCAGCCGCACUGAGCCAGCGCAGUCGCCUAUGAUAGUGUAAACCUCCUUCCUGGACUCUGUAUAAGGUCUAAAACAAAGUCAAUAAACUUCUCGCAGAAAGUUAAAUAAGUUCCGUACCUUUGCGCAAUUGUAAUAAUAAAAGAAAUAUUGCAAAUAUUUCUGCCAUUACUUGCUUAAUGCUCACGUAAAUCAGCACUUUUAUUCUUUUG